AUGAGCUGCAACCUCUUCCUCUUGGCUUUGGUCCUGGGCAUUGGUGGAACUUUCCAUUAUGGGUUACAGGUUUCCAUUAUCAAUUCUCCUGCCGAGUACAUCAAAAGUUUCAUCCAUGAGACCUGGCUGAAAAGAUACGGCUCUUCUCCCAGUGAAGAGAUAAUUACUUUGAUGUGGUCCUUCAUCGUGUCCAUUUACAGCAUCGGUGGGCUCCUGGGAUCCAUGCUUGCUGGAUACUUCCUAGUCAGGUUUGGAAGGAAGAAGGCGAUGCUGCUCACCAACAUCCCCGCCCUGCUGAGCUCGGCGCUCCUGGGCCUCAGCCGCCUCUGCGGAUCCUUUGAGAUGAUCAUCAUUGGGAGAAUGGUCUCCGGAGUCACCGCGGGCAUGGCUCUGAACAUCCACGUCCCCUAUGCUGGGGAAUGUGCCCCUCAGAGGCUGCGUGGGGCCAUUGCCAUCACGGCUUCCACGGCCAUCGCCAUCGGGAAGUUUGUGGGAUUUGCUCUGGGGCUCAGAGAAGCCCUCGGGGUGGAUGCUCUCUGGCCUGUUCUCAUGGCAGCCAACGCACUCCCUGCCCUCAUCCAGCUUCUCACACUCCCGUUCUUCCCAGAUUCCCCCCGCUACCUGCUCAUUGACAAGAAGGACAAAGAGGGGUGCAUCAAAGCCGUGAAGCAGCUCUGGGGAGAUGGUGACCACACAGCGGAGAUAGAUGACAUGAUGGCAGAGCAGAAAGCCAUCAACGGGGAGAAGGCGAAGAGCCUCUGUGAUCUGUUCCGGGACAGGGCUGUCCGCUGGCAGCUCAUCACUCUCUUCCUCGUCUCCUCGUGUAUGCAGCUGAUUGGAGUCAACGUGGUUUACUUCUAUGCCUACAAUGUCUUCAUAACAGCUGGAAUCCCCCCUGCACAAACCCGCUACGUCUCCCUGGGAGUCGGGAUCACUGAGAUCUUCACCACCGUCCUCUGUGGUUUCCUAAUCGAACGUGCGGGGAGGAAGGUGCUGCUGUGGAAAAGCUACACAGUUAUGUCCUUGGCUUUAGGGCUCCUCACCGUCACACUUUCACUGCAGGACUCCUUCCCCUGGGUUCCAUACUGCUCUGUUGCACUCAUCUUUACCUUCAUCAUGAGCUUUGGCAUUGUAGCUGGGGUGAUAUGCCCCUUGCCCACAGAAAUAUUUAUUCAGUCAUAUCGACCGGCUGCUUACGUUUUAACUGGUAUCACAAACUGGAUCCAACUCUUCUUCCUUGGGCUUGUGUUCCCUUUUAUCGUGGAAGGUCUUGGUAGCUUCUGCUUCAUCAUUUUCUUCGCAUACUGCCUGUCCAUGGCUGUCUUUGUCUACCUGGUGAUGCCAGAGACCAAAGGCAAGACUAUGCUGCAGAUCAUGGAGGAUUUCAACCGGCUCAACUACCGUGGGAAGCGGAGGCCGUCGGCCCUGAGGCAGAACGACAGCUCCAUGACGGUCGCUACAAGGCUGUAA